CACAUGAAACAGCCCUUCUAGCCAAAGAAGCUGCCAACUUCCGAUGCAGCAGCCUAGUCAGGAACGUCAUGGGGCGUGCCAGGCAGAUUGCGACUUUGCUUGGGCUACAGUAAGUAUAUCAGUUGACCGCUGACAUCCGUUCAUGCACCAUGUUGCGCAAGAAGGGAGUGCCGGUGAAAUCUUCGUCUUAGAUGCAAAAACUCAGACGGAUGGUUCGAAGCAAUGCUAAGGGAAAGGAAGUAAAACAAUGCAAUUGCCUUGGGCAUCCAGUCCCUGCAGUUCAUGGACAAACAAAAAACAAGACCCUGGCGAGACACGUUGCCUAAGUCCCUGAGAUUGUGUGUCAUCAUACAUUGUACAAGUUCCACACACUAUUGCAAGCAGCCGGUAUGUUCUUCUUUGAGUGGUUUGUAUCUAGACUCUGCAAGGUGCAUGCGUAUGUAAUUUCAAGAAGCAGAGCUAUUGUACAGGGCCUAGUACAGACGUUUAAUUUUGGCGUCCAUCUACGAUAGCCACUUAAAGCAUCUAGGGUGAGGAGGAGAACGAUGAGGAUUAGGAGGAAGAGGAAGAGGAACUGGAGCUGCGCUGAAAUGAAACCUGGAGAUCCUCACGGGAAUCAUGAAAAAAGCAGCUCUAUGGCCAAGAGUCCCAAUGGCCCUUUCUCGGCCCUAUGUUGGCAGCUAUGGUCAUCACUGCCUUUUGCCUGAUAUGCUGGCUCACCGCUGCCAAGCCGCCAGAUGUGCAACAAAGCAUUGCGCAGCAGAUCAGGGAGGAUUCGGCUCUGGGUCCAAAUCGUGAUCAGCGUGGCUGUUUGCAAGCUGCUGGGUUUGUUUGGUGCGAAGGAAUUGGGAAGUGCAUCAGGCCUUGGAAGGAGUCGUGCCCUGGUGGAACCGAAUUCUGCCGCAACUAUUGCUUGACCUCGAAAAAACAGAACCCAAACAAGUUGAGGACUGUGCACAGCAUUCGUUGUGGCUGUCAUGGGUUGGAAGAUUUGAAGAUGAUGACCUCAACCACACGAGGAGUGUCUUGAUGCAAAGACGGAACAGAAUAUUGUUUCACACCCAAUUUGCCGGUACAUCGCUUAUUUGUUUCACGGGAAAA